GCAGCCUGAUCCGGAUGUUGUUUUCCCUGGCCCGGUGAUGGAGCAGAGCGAGUGAGAGCGGUUGAGAGACAGAGGGAGAGAGAGAGAGAGCUGCUGUCCACUGUACCUUGAGAAAUCUUUUACACAAAAUCUGUAACUGAAGAAUAAUCAUGUCUCGAGCACGGCAACCACCACUGGUAACUGGGAUCUCACCAAAUGAGGGAUUUCCCUGGACAAAAGUAACAAUCAGAGGAGAGAAUUUGGGAACAGGAACCAUGGAUCUUAUAGGUUUAACAAUCUGUGGACACAACUGUUUGCUGACCGCAGAAUGGAUGUCUGCUAGUAAAAUAGUCUGUCGAGUUGGAACGGCAAAAAAUGACAAGGGCGACAUCAUUGUAACCACUAAAUCAGGAGGCAGAGGAACUUCGACUGUCUCCUUUAGGCUGAUGAAGCAAGAGAAAAUAGGUAUCCUGGAUCAGUCAGCUGUCUGGGUUGAAGAAAUGAACUAUUACGACAUGCGUACUGAUAGGAAUAAAGGGAUUUCUCCACUGUCUCUGCGCCCAGCAAACCCUCUUGGUAUAGACAUAGACAAAGGCAGAAUUCCUCAGAAGGACCUGGAAGGAUUAUUUCAGGGUAUGAGUGGUGAUUUUACCAGUGAAAAAUUCUCUGCCACCUGGUAUCUGAUAGAAAACCACUCUGCUACAAGCUUUGAUCAACUGAAAGUUGCUGCAAAUUUUUUAAGGAAGCAGGCAAACAAGAAGAAUGAGGGGAGCUUAGCCUAUGUGAAAGGAGGCCUCAGUACAUUUUUUGAGGCUCAGGAUGCACUUUCAGCAAUUCAUCAAAAACUGGAAGUGGAUGGGACGGAAAAAGUGGAAGGAUCUAUGACGCAGAGAUUGGAGAAUGUACUCAACAGAGCAAGUAACACUGCAGAUACUCUGUUCCAAGAAGUCUUGGGACGCAAAGACAAAGCAGAUUCUACAAGAAAUGCCCUAAAUGUUCUUCAACGUUUUAAAUUCCUCUUUAAUCUCCCUCUUAACAUUGAAAGGAACAUUCAAAAGGGCGAUUAUGAUGUUGUUAUAAAUGACUAUGAAAAGGCUAAGUCACUGUUUGGGAAAACUGAAGUUCGUGUGUUCCAAAAAGUUUAUGCUGAAGUGGAAACACGUAUUGAUGCACUGAGGAAACUACUAAUGAACAAGUUACUGGAGAUGCCAUCAACUUUGCAUGACCAGAAAAGAUAUAUAAGAUAUCUAUCCGAGCUCCACGCACCAGGUGACCCUGCCUGGCAAUGUAUCAUGGCCCAGCACAAGUGGAUCCUACAACUAAUGCAGAAUUGCAGAGAGAACUAUGUCAAAGGACAAAAAGGUGUGACCCUUCUCCAUAGCUCAAUGCUGGAUUUGGACAGUGAUGUACGGCCUUCUCCAAUUAGUCGCUUGACUCAAACUGCUUCAGUGAAAAGGGCCAGCAGUUUCCAAUCUUCUCGGGAUGACUCUUGGCGUUUUAAAGCCCCUCAGCCUGUAACCUUUGUUGACAAUCUGACAGAAAUUGUUAUAAGCCAACUGCCUAAUUUCUGGAAGCUUUGGAUAUCCUAUGUGAAUGGCAGUCUUUUCAGUGAGACAGGUGAAAAAUCAGGUCCAGUUGAGAAAUUGAAGAAAAAUGCCAGAUCCCGACAAAAUGACUUCAAGAAAAUGAUUCAAGAGGUCAUAAGUUCACUUGUGAAACUGAUCCGAGGAGCCCUUCUUCCAUCCAGCCUGGUUGAAGUAGAGCUGAGGCAAUAUGGAGGAUGGGAAGCAAAAAUGGAACUUUCAGGCCAAUGGCUAACCCACAUUAUUCAUACUAUGAGACUUAACUAUGAGUCUUUGACAGCACUGGAAAUACCAAAUGAUCUCCUGCAAGCCAUUCAGGAGCUAAUCUUAGAUUUACGAGUGCAUUGUCUGAUCAUUACAUUGCAGCAGACAGCCGAUGAUGUUAAGAGGCUGGCAGAAAAAGAAGACUGGGUUGUUGACAAUGAAGGAACCACUUCUUUGCCCGCUCAGUUUGAACAUCACGUUGUGCAAACCCUACAAACUCUCAAAGAAACCAUAGAUUGCAAGCUUGGCGAAACCAAUAUAUUUCAGCAUGAGAAAAACCAGCAACAUGUAUAUGAACUGUCCAUCAACAUCAUGAAGGUGUUCAUUGUUUCCUUGGAGUACCUGAGCACUAAAGCUGAUGGUGAUUCGGACAGCAUACACCUUUCUGUGGACAUUUCAUCCCCAGACUUGCUUGGAAGCAUGCAUGAAAGCUUCAAUCCAACCGCAGAACAAAAACUAUUGAUUGUUCUCAGCAACUGUGAGUACUUGGCACAUCACACCUUCAACAAUUUGGCAGAACACUUCGCGAAGCAUGCUUUCCAAGAGACAGAGAAAAUUACUCAGGUGAGCAUUGAUGCAGUGAAGCACCUGGACCAGAGGCUUUUUGAAACGUAUAUUGAACUAAAAGCAGAUCCAAUUGUUGGUUCUCUAGAGCCUGGGAUUUAUGCUGGAUAUUUUGAUUGGAAAGACUGUCUUCCACCAACAGGUGUCAGAACUUACUUAAAAGAAGCUUUAGUUAACAUCAUUGCUGUACAUGCAGAGGUGUUUACAAUUUCUAAGGAUCUCGUCCCAAGGGUUCUUUCACGAAUUAUAGAAGCUGUUAUUGAAGAAAUGAGCCGAUUGAUGCAGUGCGUGUCUUCCUUUAGCCGAAAUGGAGCAUUGCAGGCCAGACUGGAAAUUUGUGCUCUUAGAGAUGCAGUUGCCUCAUUCCUGACUCCUGACAGCAAUUAUAGCUUCAAACAGGCCCUUGAAGCAUUGCCUCAACUUCCCAAUGGAGCAGAUAAAAAGUUCCUGGAAGAGCUCCUCAACAAAUUCAAGAGCAGCAUGCACUUACAGCUCACAUGCUUUCGGCCUUCCUCACGAGGCACGGUGAAGACAUAAUGAUGAAAAGGCCUCGGAGAGAUGUGGAUUCCUUACAGUGCAGAGCCUUACAGCAUGACAAAAUAUAACCCUCUUUUAAAAUAUGGUUCUACUUGCUGUUUUUCCCAACAAAAUUAAAUUCUUAUUUUAAAAAGCUUGAAGUAAAAUUUCUAAAAAAUGUUGCUUCUAACAGUACAUUAAAAGUUUCCUCGAUAUUCAUCAAGUACACUAUGAAACGUUGAAACUUGUGGUUUAAUGUCAGAUUCAGUGUUCUGAAGCAGAUAAUGCAGGUUUUGACUUAACUUGCAAAAAUGGAUAAACAAAUUAGAAGAGAGGAUGAAAAGGGACUAGUGAGUUCAGAUCCAAAAGAGAAUUUGUCUUGUUUAGCUUUCAUAGUGUUUCCUGUAUGUUAUUUAUGGCCUUUUAGAAGACUUGAGGGAUUAAGCACACAGUAUUUGUGCAAUGCUUUGCCAUCUUUAGAUUUAAAUUGAAAUAAUUGUGAAUAUCGUUAGACUUGCAUGGCUUUAACUUCUUGCAAGAAGCUUCAUUUGGAAGCAUUUUCUGCUGACUAAUUUACGCGUGUUCAAAAUAUGGAGUUAAUGAACUAAAUCUUUAUGUAUUUCAACUCCUGCGUAAUCAAAACUGUAAAUAAAUACAGUGCAACA